GGAUGACGUCAACAUUAUGGCAGACUGUGGGAUGUGACUUGUGAGAUAAAGAAUCUUUGUACCAUGUAGGAUAAUGAGAAGCCAGCACCCAUGACACGGCCGACAGGACGGUUCCGGUUGAUUCCCCUCUUGUUAAACAGGUACCAUGGAUUCGCCUGAAAUGGAUGAUAAAAAUCCAUCAGCUGAAAUCGAAAAAUACCUAGCCCAGGGAUUAAGAGUUAGUAAUCGAGAAGCUCGCAGAGUAGCAUAUUCCAAUCUCCAGAAAAGAAGUGAGCUUAAGGUCAAGUGUGAAUAUAAUGGAGAGAAAAGAGCAAUGACGAUUCCGCGUCCGGUUGUGUAUGACCAGCUGACAUCUCGCCUCCGGGAGAUGUAUCAGAUGACCUUGAAUAUCUUCUAUACUCAGAGUAAUGGCGAGAUAUAUGUGCCAUUGCUGACACAGAAGGACUUGGACUCUGCAGUUCAGCUUGUCGACCAGAACGAACACGCCAACAGUCUGAGGCUCUACCUCACCUACGCUGGAAACACCAACCACCGCAACUCGGGCGUUGGCGACAACUACUCAUGCAGUCCGCAGAAUACACACGUACGUGACACCCCCAGCCCUCCUCCCGGUUCUCUACCCCCCAGCGAGAAGCACUUCCGGACAGGGUCGUACAGUUCCCUCGGGGAGGGGCAGUUUAUACCCCGAACAAUCGGGUACCCCAGUCAUGUAGGCUCAAGCGACAGUAUAUCCUCAAUAGACAGUAGCUAUAUCAGUGGACAUAGUAACGACACGUACCCAUUUCGGGGGCGCCGAGAUUCCCGGAGAAGUGUGCUUUCUGAUGGCUGCAAGGACGACCCCAGUCAAGCAGGGCGACGGCCAUUUGGCACAUUUCCUCGUGGUUAUGAUGCUGUGAAUCACCCAAAUGUAGAAGGUCACCAGACGUUUCCUCGCUCCACAAUUCGACCGAAGGGUCCAGAGCACGACACGAUGUCGUUACGUUCGAUCGUGUCCCAGGGCAGCGAGGGGACGAUGAGUACGAGCAGCAGCAGUAGUAGCGGCCUUCCCCCCGAAGAAGAUUCCCCCUCCAUGUACAGCUUCUACAGUCUACAGUUCUCUAAAUCUCCAAGAGCACCCUCUAACUGGAAGAAGGGGAAGCAACUCGGUGUUGGAGCAUUUGGAGAAGUGUUCGUGUGCUAUGAUGAGGAUGCAGGAACAGAGCUAGCUGUCAAGCAAGUGCAGCUGGGAAAUGUCAAUGCAGAAACCUCCAAAGAAGUCCGUGCCCUGGAGAAUGAGUUGCAGUUGUUACGGAACUUCCACCACGAGCACAUCGUCCAGUACUACGGGUGUCAGCAGGACCGUAAAGUCUUGUCAAUAUUCAUGGAGCUAAUGCCAGGGGGAUCUGUGAAAGACCAGAUCAACAAUUACGGCGCUCUGAAGGAGCAGGUGGUCAGGAAAUACACUCGCCAGGUCUUGGAGGGGCUCGCAUACCUGCACAAAAAUGUCAUCGUCCAUAGAGAUAUUAAAGCUGCGAAUGUUCUUCGAGACAGUAACGGAAAUGUCAAGGUCGGUGAUUUUGGUGCAUCCAAAAGGUUACAGACAAUAUGUAGUGCAACAGGCAUCAAGUCAGCUGUGGGUACACCUCAUUGGAUGGCACCAGAAGUGAUCAAUGGCGAGGGUUAUGGAAGGAAGGCAGAUGUGUGGAGUGUUGCGUGCACUGUUGUAGAAAUGUUAACGAAGAAGCCACCAUUUGCAGAAUACGAAGCCUUUGCUGCCAUGUUCCAGAUAGCCACGUGUAAACACCCAAAAUAUGAUCUUCCGAAAGAAACUUCCUCUGUAGGAAAGGAUUUUCUGACAUAUAUGUUCAAUCGAAAACCAGCCGAUAGACCUUCAGCUGAGGACUUGUUAUCACAUAGAUUUUUCCGAACUGACAUAGCAUGUGGCCUUGACCUUUAGGAAUUAUCUGAUCAUGAGACCUGUCUUUCAAGCAUUUGGCUGCAAAAUGAUAUUUAUGUGUUUGGAGGACAAAGGAAGGUUGCUCUGUUUCGUUGGAGGACGGAUAUUUACCAGUGUUGCGAUGUCUCCGAAAGCACAUCAGACAUCGGAGGUCUCAACAGAUCCAUGUUUACUCCAGUCAUGAAUGUUGCAAAGGCAUCAUCAGAUAUUGUGUUUUGUGUUCUGCAAGUGCUCAUUCUCUUGCUCCGAAGUCUGAUUAUGCAGAAACACCGUUAUUGUACACAUGCGUACGUUUGAUGAUGAUGUACUUGUGUAACUCUCCGCAAAUCCAGAAGUAUGAAAAUAUCUAAAGCAUUUAUAUAUUCAACAUCUAUGCAUUGCUUCCCGGACCCAAAACUGCAGGCAGUGGAGGAAGGGACAAUAUUCCCUCCAUAAUUGGAGAUCUCUUGUAGGGAGUAGUCUCCCCUUGUGAGGUAAAUGAUGCAACUUCCUGUGGAUAUAUUGGCCCAUAAUGUGUAUGCAUAUAUGCUAAUGUAUUUUCAGUUCAGGUGGUAACAGGGCCUAAUUAUGGAUUAUCAACAAUCGUUAUUACUAAAAUUACUAACAAAUGACUGAUGCUUGGGGUGUUCAUUGGGAGGAAAGCUAAAACAGCAUACCAAUAAGUCGGAGAUUAAGAUGAGUGACCUUGACCUAUAUCCCAGAUCAAAAAUAUGUCGCUGCAUGUUCACAAUCACAAGACCCAUCACCAUCAUCAUACAUGUGUAAUGGUGUCAGUUUGUAAAUCGGAUUGACGUGGUCAACACAUUUCAUGGAUACAUUUUACACAUGGAUUUGAAAUAGCGGAAGACAAACCCACCGAUACUGUGGGUGUGCACUCAUCAAAUAGUGUGUUCAGGAAUACCUUGUUACAGAAUGUUCAUCUUUGUCCAGUUGGAAGUUUCCAGUUCCUCAAGAGGAUCCUUGCUACGAUGAUACUGCCGAGUAUUUUUAAAAGGUUUCUUUGACGGGAUGUUGGAAAACUGUGAUGUAACUGUCUCAGCAGUGUUAUUGCAGCUAUGAUUGGUUGACUUUGUUACAUCAGCUGUGAUUGGUCAUGUUGCAUGCCUUGUUAGGAAGUAUCGCACUAUUAGAUGAGAUCUCCCAUGAUUUAAACUUGCUGAUCAAGUGACACAGGACUAGCUAUCUGCACAAAAUGGCCACAGUCUAUCUGUCAUGGAAAGACCCGGCCAGAGCCAUUGCAACCUGUUUGGAAUUCACACAGUGUUGGUUCUUGGAGGACAGAAUACUUUGUAUGCUAAUUGAGAUGUCACCUUGAUAUACUCAUUUAUGAUAAGGAAUUCGAUGGUAGCCAUUUUGUCCUUUGUCAUGUGAUCACCAAAUUGAACAAAACAUCCAGUAUUGGUAGAUCAUAAAAAUCGAAUUGAUGCAGGCAAUUCUUUAUGAUUUAUUUAUUAGAUAGGAAUUAGCUAAAUCUAAAUAAUUAUUGCUGUUUUGUGAUUAAAAAAUUAUUUUAAAUUGAAAUGCAUAAUUCAAGGUAGAUAGAUUUGCAUAAGGAUGUUCCCAAAAUGGGUAAGUUAAUAAGGAUGCAAGCAGGGAAUAUACUGCAUUUCCCGAACAGCAUAAUACAGUGCCUGUCUUGAAGCAUCUUGUUGUUCUGUUAAUGGCUACACUUGUUAAACUAGUAAUAGCGUUAUUGUAAAUACUUUUACUGGUUACGUUUCAAACCAAGGUCGGGUAGAUCCAACCAGCAGAUGUGGAGAAACCUAUUUUAUUUCUUGUUAUAAAGGUGGGAAAUUUAUGGUAGGUUCCAGUAUACCAGUAGAAAGGCCACAACAAAUUAAUUACACUGUCAGCAAAUUUGAAAUAUACACUCAAACACUGUCAUAUCUUAGUUUGAUGUGUUGGACUUGCGACUGUUGUGUAGUAAAAGUUUGUCUUUGCAUAUUACUUCUUCAGUCAUUGGGGCGGUGGGGUAGCCUAGAGUUUAAAGCGUUUGCUCGUCACGCCGAAGGCCCAGGUUCGAUUCCUCACAUGGGUACAAUGUGUAAAGCCCAUAUCUGGUGUCCCCCGCCGUGAUAUUGCUGGAAUAUUGCUAAAAGCCACGUAAAACGAAGUCACUCACUCACUCUUCAGUCAUCAUGUGACGUUUGUGUCAAAACCUCAGAAAACUUGAAGUAUAUAUUAGGUCCUUCAACUUUGAAACCAUUGUGUUUGAUUAAACCUUAUGACACAAUGCUUUAAAACAUAAAUAUCAUUAAUGUGUUCGACAUUUUCAAAUCCAACGUGGCUGACAUUCAAUAAGAAAUCAAUUUGUUGUGACCUGAAGAUUUUAGAUGCAACCCGUAGAAACACCUGUUUUGUUUGAUAAUCAAAAUCUUGUUGUUGGAUGUGUCCCAGUGUUUAAGUUGCAAAGUCAUUGUAAAUUAUUUAUGAUGGUGCCAAAUGUUUAGAUAGUAAUAUAUGAAGAAAAAGACUAUUGGUUUGAUUAAACAAUGACUGAGAUUAUUGACGAUGAGAAAUGAUACAAAUUUGACAUCUUCAAUCAUAAUAAUGUUAUCUUUUCAAGCAUCUCCAUGACUUGAUCAUUAAAUUGCAUAAUAAUUGGAGAUUUGGAAAAUUUCAAGUUGUGAUGACUCGAAGGAGAAUGAAUUAAGUCUGAUACAAUGUACUAACCCAAUGGCAUUGAACGGCUGAAAAAUGUUGUCAAUAAGAAUGUAUUGAUGCCAGUUUGUAUUGUUAAUACAACUUAUGAUUGGUUAAGUGUUCCUCUAUUGGGCAAGCCCAUCUCAGGGCCAGUCUGCACGAAACCAUCUUAGUGUUACGACCAUCUUAAUGCUGAGAUCUUCUGUUCUUAGUGUUACGACCAUCUUAAUGCUGAGAUCUUCUGUGCAAGUGGGCCCAGUGCAUGCUUUUAUCAUCUGUAAGUGCUAAGAUUAGGAACAGUGAUCCUGUUCACGAAAGUCUAUUUUCAUAUUAAAACCCCAAAUUUGUGUGAAUAUGCAUAUGAAGUGCAAUCACCCCUGCUCUGUAUAUAGUGUACAAUUAUAUCAAAGAUAUUCACCAUGAAAGGCUGUGCUGACCUUCAAAGGUCACGUGAUGAUCUGACCUGCUAAGCACGUAGUGACCUUGUUUUCAUGAGUCCUGAAAGUCCAUUGUGAUAAAGAAUUUAUCUCCCACAACCAAACUCAAUUCAUAAUAUUUUCGGCAAAGUAAAAAAUGAAAACUUUAUGCAAUUAAAUAUGUGCCUUAUCCUGUUUGGAUGAAGAUGGGAUGUAAAAGGUAGAUUUGAUUUGGGCUUGUCUUCGGAAAAUGUAUAAAUAUUCAGAAAAUUGUCUCAAAGCAUCCCAUCUUUGCCCAACAAUAAAUCUUCUCCAUCCAACUUCUGGCGCAGUUACCUCCCCUUUCACUGUCAAGGUGGUAGUUGUCUCCCUUACUGUGAUUGUAGGCAAUACUGUGUUUCUAGAGACAGUUGAUUCACUUUUAUAUAUUAUAUAUCAUACACCAAUCAACUCACGGAGUUUGAUGGCUUCACCUAAGAUAACCAUCAUCUUAUCCUACAUAAGUUAGCAUUUUAUAUAUUUUAGUAAGUCAUUCCAUUACUCAUCUUGUACAGACCUUUUGUAUAAAGGCAAGGAAAAAUAAAAAAACAUGAAACAUA